AUGAAUCCAGAACAAACUCCAAGCGAGCCACCCAUUCAAGCACUCAGCAUCUCUGGCGGUGCUUUGGAUGAAGGUAGCAACCGCUCAGACCUCACACCACCUGGUCCAAUCACUCCUCCUCCUCCUCCAUCUGCUGCUCCAAGCACGCCUGUCAGACCUGCUGCACCCAUCAACCAGCAUCGCCAUGCAAGUGGCAUGCGCUACCACCCAGUGGUCUACAAUGGCGUCCUGUACAGGUGGAUUCCACAAGUCCCUCUCCCAGUGAAGCUGGAAGCUCGCAACUUCAACAAAAUCAUGGAGCUGUUCCAGCAGGCCCUGAGAGACAACGGCAACUCAGCAUUCCGAAUCGGGGUGACAAUCCCAACCGAAUACCUCGACGGUGCUGACUUCCUGGGAUCCGUGUGGCAAUUCCUGGACCCAUUCAUGGACACGUGGGUCAUAAACCCAGACCUCACCCGGGACAACCAGGUCCGCCUGCUUGGGGUUGUUGUCCGUCCGUGCACCACGUACGCAGUCGUUGAAAUCAACAACUUCAACUGGGACUUCUACCGUGCCCAUGUGCAAGGCCACCUCCUCCCAGUGUACACCCUUUCCUUGGAGGGGCUGUCGUCUGUCCCACUGAGGCAGGGAUACUGGCGUUUUGAGCGAGAUCGGAAGCAAGACCGCCGUGUCCUGGAUGAAGUUCAGAUGUACUUCAGAAGGCAUGGGUAUGCGCCUACCCCUCUGCUGGAUGUGAACUUGUCCAAGGAUCGCCCGCCUGUCUAUCCAUCGCCGAGGGUGUGA